AUGUCGUCAUCAAGAUAUAAUGCGGCCGAAAAGGGCAAGGCCAGGGCCCUGAAACCCGACCUCGACACUAAGGCUUCUGCUGGAACUUCCCUUGUCCAUCGAGUACUGACCCCCAGUCGCAGCAGGGUUCCCACCGAGGCGCUGCAACCCACCGACACUGGGUCUGCCCCUUCCUCACUACCGUCGCUACCCACAUCGCCAGUUCAGGGUGCGAGGAUCCCAGCCGGCAGGCGCAUCCCCGUUCGUGUCACUGCUACCGCCACCUCUGGAUCCAGUUCGUCGUUGGCAGCUAGUAGCAACAUCAUGCUGUCGAUGCCUGCUAGCUCACCGCCAGUCUUCAUACCGUCUUCUGCAGCUGAAAAAAGUGCUAAGUCGUCGCCGGCGAUUCAUGUGCCGUCAUCAGGUUCAUCGUCACCCAGCACAGAAACAAAGAUGCCGGAUGGGUCUGUCGCCGACUCGAUGAUCAAGGGGUUCAAGUACGAUCCCAAUGAUAAGACGCCGCCGAAGAGGAGGAUGGCAGCCAUUGCUGAUGUUGUCAAGACCGCGACUGCCGAUGAUACUGGACUGUGGUCAGCAAGAUUAAGCUCGGGCUCAAGCUCAACGAGGCCGCAACCCCUGACCCAACAGCCAGAAACAGAUGACAAUGUGGCCGUCAUGCCUGUUUCUGCCCUGCACACUGCUAGGCUGGCGUUGAUGUCUGGAAGAUGUCCAGUCGUGCAGACUAGGGCGCCUUACGUUGGCGAGCAGGGUGAGAGCAGCAGGUCUGCGCAAGUUCGCGCAGCAACAACGGAUACGCAAGAGCCCAGCAAUGUCGUCACAUCGGCCUCUAUACUCGAAAAUUCGGAAGCGAGCAGAACCGCGUUGAACACAGCACUUGAGCAGGUCAACAGGAUCUGUGAUGGAACCAGAAAGUCCGUCGAUUCGAUCAGAAAGCUACCAUACGCACUUGCAAAGAAGCAAGAUCCUUCACAUAUCGAGGAGCGGCUCGAAAAUGCCACUCUCGGAGCACGUUUGGAUGAUAUUGGCGCGAAACACACGCGAUUGAGCAUCGUGACCGAUCGGUCAAGUUCCUUGUGGGCAAAUGAAGAUCAAUCUGAGGCUGGAAUAUCUUCAUUCUACAUACAGGCUUCUCAGAAAUUGCAAGAUACCGGUGCCUCAAACGCAGCAGAUCCCGCUUCAGAAGAUAUCCCGGCCGCCUCACCCAGAAGCUCGUACUCUUCCGCCCGGGAAUCGCAAAAUGCCUUCAAUAGCAGUGAGACCAUCAAAGAGCCAGUCGCACAAGACACCAUAACAAUAUCUCCCUCGACAAAGGAGAUGCCAGAAGACUCACCGCACACCGAUAGCCCUGGAGCUAUCGUCAUGAAUAAUCUUCAUGUGUCGAAUUCGGACGGUUCGUAUUGCGACCCCCCUAUGGAGACUGUCCCUGGGAGGCAAUGUAGUUCUCUUCCCACAAUUCCAGAGAGAGCUGUGACAAGCGUUCCGAGCGGAGUGUCCGGUAUCAUCGCACAAGAGCCAGAAGAAAGUCUUGUCGAGGCAUCGAGAGAAAGUUAUGAAGAGACAACUGCAACUACGACGCAACAACCACCGGACCCUUUACCACCUAUCCCAGCGCCGAGUCAAACCAUAGAGAAAAAGAAGACUGAGUCCACAUCGUAUUCCUCCUGGAUUCUCAACUGGCCGAGCAUCUGGCGAAUCAUCACAAUGAUCAUCCUGACUUUGAUUCCCCUCGCCUUCCUCGCCGCCUCCCUAUACGGGAUAGCCACAACAAAAACCUACUCCGCACUCCCAUCCGACCUCUUCACCACCUCUUCGCGAACAAUCCCCUCUGAGGACGGAUCCAGCAACCUCACCAUAUCCUGGGUCAACGGUGAAGCGAUCGGAUUCCAAAUCAACCCCGUGUACAACAUCGCACUCGAUCCGAAUGAGCCAACGCCAGAUGCGUUGCAUUUUGUGUUUGAUUGGAGCGUGGAUACUAAGGGGUUACUGUCGAGGGAGGAGAUGAAUGUGGUGAGUGCGAUGCCGAUUCCGAGCUUUGGGGAGGAGUUUGUGAAGGGUAUGGCGCUGUUUGGGGUCUUUGCGGGUGUUUAUCUGCUAUGUCAAUACGUUCUUGAGUUAGUGAGUGGAUGUUGGCAUAUGAGGGAGGAUGAGAACUUGUAUUGGACGAGGAAAUGGCUGCGGUGGUUCGACAAGGCGAUGAACUGGGUAGCAUUCUUGAUGGCUGCCAUCGUCAGACUCGGGCUGUUUUGGUACGCUUCUGAGGUUCUUCUACAUUGUUGA